UCCAAGCAAACAGGAGUGAAAAAGGCUCUCCCCCACCACACUCUGCCUCUGGGGAGUAGGGGGAGAAAGACUGUCUUUCUAAAAGCUGGUCUUAGCCCCCCCCCAUCACCCCCUUUGUAAUUAAAGGGGAAACAAGAGGAAGUGAAGAGACCCGGUCCUGGGACAGGAAGCCACUGCAAACGCCAGGAGGCAUGGAUCCGAGGUGGCCCUGGGUGUUUCUCCUCCUCCUCCAUAUCCUGUUUGGCUCAGUCCAGCAGUGUGAAAUCCCCAGGGGAAAUUCUCAAGCCAUCAGAUCUUUGAACGCAGAGCUCCUGAAGCUGACGGUGGCAGAAACCUCUGAGGAGCUAAACCCCAGCAUCUACCUGGGCCUUCGCCUCUCUGAUGACCACAGCCUCGCGAGGGAGAGCCAGUACCUCCAGAGACUACACGCGGCCUUUCAGUCCAACGCCAGCAGGCCUCCUUCCGAAGUCCACUACCAGGAGCAUCCUGGGACAGGCCGUCUGGCUCUUAACCUCCUUGCACUACGUGCUGCGUGCCAGAACAUGAAUACCAUCACGGGGAAGCAGCUGGUCACCCAACUUAAGCUUCACUUGGAGGAGGAAAUGAAGCAGAUAGACAACAAGAGCAUUGCCCACCCCGUCACCAACUACUACCAGUACAGCUUGGGGGUCUUGGCCCUGUGUGUGCACAGCAAGAAGAUCAACGAGCGUGUAAUUGACAAGCUCCUGCAUGCGGAGGCGCAGAGCAAAUUUCGGCACAUCCGUGGGCUCUCUGUGGACACGGAGGCCAUGGCAGGUUUGGCCUUUGCCUGCCUGAAACGGGCCACCGGGUACACGCCGGAACUAGCGCCGAAGCUGGACCACGUGGUCAACAGACUGAAGAAGAAGAUCCUACGGGCUCAGACCUCCGAGGGGGCUUUUGGGAACAUCUACAGCAGCCCCCUGGCGGUGCAGUUUCUGAUUGCUACACGGUCGAGCCGGGAGCCGAAGUGUGCCAACGGCGUGGCUGCCCUGCUUCGGAGCCUGGAGCAGGGAGGAUUCAAGAACAGCCUCAUCAUGUCUCAGCUGCUGCCUGUGCUUCACGGCAAAAGCUACCUGGACCUUGCCGGCUUGCAGUGCAACGCAGGGAGAGACUCCUUGGAAGUUGGCACUCCGUCUCCCAAACCGAGGGGGCCAAGUCAGCCAAUAAGCGUCCGUCUGAUUGUGGAGAACUCCACGAGUCACCUGUACAAACAGCUCCUGCAGGUCCCCCUUGGCGCCUCCUUGUUGGAUAUACUGACGGCUGCCAGGAAGCUGGGCCACAAGCCACUCAGCUUUGAGACCGAGGAAACCCUGUCCGGCCCGCUACUCACCAGCAUGAUGGGGCUGAAAGCCCAGAAAGGAGAACGCAAGUACUGGAAGAUUCUCCGGGCCCCAAACACCAGCCUGCGGGAAGGUAUUGCUGACUACAUUCCACGAAAUAGAGAAAACAUCAUCUUCAGGUUUAUUCCAUGGUAGAGGCAAACCCCGGCCUCCCUGGCCGACACUGCUGUCGCCACCAAUUGCAGGAACAUGCACUGUGUUGCCACUGGAUGACUGCAAAGUGAUCUAUUUCUCAUGUCUUUCAAUGAGGACUAGAAUCUUGAUCUUCGAUGGACACUUACCUCUAAUGCAACUGCUUGCUCAAACCAGGCUCAAAGGGAAAAAACGCAACCACUGGACAGAGAGACACAGAGCCUCAGUUUUGUUAAUGUUGAUUUCAUAAUGAAACGCCGCUGGAAGUCCAUCCCAAGACAUUUUGCCAGCUCUAGUAGGUCGACUUUGCAGUGCUGUGUGUGCUGCUGUGAUGUAUCCAAUAACAGAAGGCACUUCAGGGCACACCUUUUAAUCGCACCCUGGUUCACAGGUGUCUCUAAAACACUGCUGUUCAAACAACCCCUGCGCUGCUCGGGAACUCUGAGUCAUUAGUGACAAAUCCAAUGAAACAAAAUUAUGGAUUUCAGACUAUAAAGUCACAAGACCGACAAAAUAAGAGUGUGACGUUUUAAAACCUAGCAAUAAACAUGUGAAUCAUCUUC